UAAAUGUUGCCCACAUGUGACCAGCUCAAACUAGUUUUUGGGAAACAAAGGACGGGGCCACAGGCACCAGAAAGCACCGGACUGCUCAGCGUAGUGUGGCUAAAAGCGCAAGGAAGUUUGCAAUAAACAACUCAAGAUGCGGGGUGUGUUCCCAAUGUCUGCUGUGCUGCUUGUGGCCAUGAUGGUGGUGGCUACCGAAGCCGGAAAGAACAAGAAAGAAAAGGCCACCAAGACUACCUCAGACUGCACAGAGUGGCAGUAUGGCAGCUGCGUGCCCAACAUCGGGGACUGUGGAGUCGGAGUCCGCGUGGGUACCUGCAACGACCAGACCAAGAAGCUGAAGUGCAAGGUGCCGUGCAACUGGAAGAAGGACUUUGGCGCUGACUGCAAGUACAAGUUUGGAAGCUGGGGGGAGUGUGACGCAGCCACUGGGACCAAGAACCGAUCCGGGACGCUGAAGAAGGUUCUGUACAACGCAGAAUGCCAGACGACCAUUAAGGUGUCCAAACCCUGCCCUCCGAAAGUCAAGACAAACGCGAAAGCAGGGAAGAAAGGAAGAGGAAAAGAGGUGUAAUGGCUAGGAUAUCGAGCUAUUUCUGGCAACCACAACAGUAUUGUGCUUGCCCCCCUCCCCAGCUGCCCCCACUUAGCCAAACUCUUUGAACUAUGCUCAUCAGGCCACACCAUCUCCUCAGAAAAAAAACUCACAAACUGAGGGUUCUCAGAAUCUUCUAAAUCAGGGGUCUCAAACUCCAGUCCUGGGGGGCCGGAGCCCUACACUACUCAUUUAACACACCUGAUUCAACUCCUUAUGCUAAUUACCACACAGCUCUUGAGCUGAAUCAUUUGUGGUGGAAAAGGGAAAGAACUAAACUACACAGGGCUGCGGCCCUUGAGGACUGGAGUUUGAGACCCCUGUUCUAAAUGAAACACUAUUUGCAAUGUACAGAACUUUUUUUGUUUUACGUUUUGAUUGGUUUCUAGCAUCUAGGUGAUUCUGCAUGUAACCAAGGGAAGUCACUCUUCCCAAGCUUUGCUUUUGAAAAAUUCUUUAAAAGUAGUAUAUUUGUACAACUAGAUACCACAUCAUACAUCCAACACACAGUCCAGCUAUUUUCUAACACGAGUUAGUGCUACUAAUAGAAUUUAAUUUCUGUUUUUAAUGUGUUCUAAAUAUUAUACUUAGAGUGCCUGUGUCACCUUGGCUUUUAGUAGAACAAGGAAAGAAAGUUCAACGCUUAGAAAAGGUAUAGCAUUUUCAAGGCUCGUGAAAAUAUUUUGAUAUUCAAAAAGAUGAUGGAGUCGGGUAGUCUUUUUUGCAUUGUAAUAUUUAAAGAUUGUUGGAAUAAAACUUAUGGGGGACCAAUCCAAAGUAAUUAUGGAUUACUUUGAGCUUGAGAGUAUUUGCAUGUAAUAUAUACAAUGCGUCAGAUAAAACACUCAUUCACAAGAGCUGUAAACAGGAAAGACACAAAUGAAAUGAAUAAACUUUCUUAAGACAAUCA